UUUUCUCUAUAAAAAUAUAUUCAGAUUUUCAAUUCCAAUUGAAUUGUAGGAAAAUAUGGCUACUCAAAGCUUAAAGGGAAAAUUUGGAGAAGAAAAAGUAUAUGUUUCUGAGAGCUUUGUUGUGGACAUGGAACACAUAUCUCAUCAUCUUGUAGAAAAAGAAAUAAAUGCAAAUUCAAGAAUUACUUUGCAGAGAAACCAUUCAAGGAAGGGUUCAUUGAAAAAACAAAAUUUCAACGAUGUCAAUGAAAAAGACAUAAACCUAAUGGCCAUUUCACCAAAAGGAGCUAGCAUGCAUGAAAAGUCCAUGGUGGUAACAUCUGAUCACUCCACACCACAUGUACAUAAUCAGAACACAUCAGUGGUGGCCGCCAGUAGCGGUGCUGCCACCACCACUGCCAUCGAUGGUAAAGUACCUGUCUUCAAGAGAUUCAGUUUCCGACGAUCUUCUUCCUCCUCACCUUGGACCAUUGAUCCCAGAAGGAUACUUAUUUUCUUUGCUACCUUAUCAAGUAUGGGAACAAUACUACUGAUCUAUUUCACACUAUCCAUGACCAAGCUCAAUGGAGAAGAUAAAGUUUCGUAUUGAUCUAUUUUCAUACUAUUCAUUGCCAGGAUCAACGACAUUCUCAGUUGACAGAAAAGACGUCAAAAACUGUUUUCCCUCCUAAAAUAACAAAGUGAUGGAAAAGUCUGUAUGAUAUCGAAGAAGAAGAGAUUGAGCAUAACUGGUUUUCGGGUGACAAGACUAUCUGUGAACAUUUGGAAGUACAAAUAAAGGAAUGGAGUCAAAGAGAUGCUAAAAAAACAGAUAGACCAUCUUUUAGGAAGAAUUCAAAUGGCAGAUGUGUAAAAUUUGAGUAUAACUUUAAUACAGUCGCAAUGCAAAAGAAUUUUUAUACCAUCAUGUGUUUCGCUCAUUAAACAAGGAAACAUGAUCGAAUGAGAAGACAUGUUGAAAACAUAAAUAAAGCAAAUCAA